CCCAACACCGUAUUUGAAGAUCCAAGGAGUCAAUCUGUGUCUCCCUUCCCUUCCCCGGCCCACGAAGGAUGCUUGCUUCUGCAAUCUAAGGAUAUUUUGUCUUUAGAGGCAGUGUUUUUUACUUUUCACUACUUUCGUUUAUUAUACCAUUUGAACCGUGUCCACUCGCGUCUCUCUUGUAGCCGACGGCUGAGCCUAGACGCGCAAGCCUUGUUCCGACGCGACACUUCCAAGGAAAGGGGGUUGAAGCAGAAAGGUCUGCUUCUGUUUUUAAUCAACACACACACCGAAGCAUGGCUUCCAAAAAUGCCGUCGUUGCCUCGGGCAUUGAGCAGGAUGGCCAGGCGGCCCGUCGCCGGGCUGCUCCUGGGGGAUCAGCGGUCUCCGGGUCAUCCCAGGGCCUAGAUGAGGUCGAUGACAAGAAACGCCAACCCGUAAAGAGCUCACCAACCUUACUCCAAACCCUCGACGAGUGGGAAUUCAUCAUCGCACCGCUCAUCUUCACGGCUUUGGCAUUCUUCACACGUUUAUACAAGAUUGGCCUCUCGCCAAUCGUUACUUGGGAUGAAGCUCAUUUCGGAAAGUUCGGCUCGCAUUACCUCAAACGCGAAUUCUACUUCGAUGUCCACCCCCCUCUGGGAAAGAUGCUCGUGGGACUUUCGGGAUACUUGGCUGGAUACAAUGGCUCAUUCGAAUUCAAAUCUGGAGAGAGAUACCCGGAGGAGUUGAACUACACGUUCAUGCGUGCGUUCAAUGCCUUCUUCGGUGCUGUCUGUAUCCCUCUAGCCUACUUCACUGCCAGAGAGCUCAACUUCAAACGACCAGCCGUGUGGUUCGUCACUCUUAUGGUUCUCUGCGAAAACUCCUACACAACCAUCAGCAGAUUCAUUCUUCUUGACUCUAUGCUGCUGUGCUUCACAUUCACGACUGUUCUGUGCUGGGCCAGGUUCCACAGACUUCAGGACCAGAGCUUCAGCCUCGAGUGGUUCACAUGGCUUGGAUUGACUGGACUGAGCAUCGGCUGCGUGUGCAGUGUCAAGUGGGUUGGACUCUUUGGCACCGCCCUCGUUGGACUCUACACCAUUGAAGACCUCUGGAACAAGUUCGGAAACUACAAGAUGCCAAAGAUUGAGCUAGCUGCCCACGUUGGCUCCAGAGUCGCUGGGUUGAUUGUUCUUCCGUUCAUCAUCUACAUGCUGUCAUUCGCUGCCCACUUCACCAUCCUCGAGAACAGCGGCCCGGGAGAUGCUCAGAUGAGCUCCCUCUUCCAGGCCAACCUUCGCGGUACCGAGGUUGGAAAGGACAGCCCUCUCGAGAUUGCCUACGGAUCCCGCGCAACCAUUAAGAACAUGGGAUACGGUGGUGGACUUCUCCACUCCCACGUCCAGACAUAUCCAGAGGGCUCCGGACAACAACAGAUCACCUGUUACCACCACAAGGAUUCCAACAACGAGUGGUUCUUCUACCCCAACCGCGCCGAGCCCGAGUACGACGGAGAGGGACCACCAAAGUUCGUUGCCCACGGCGAUGUUCUCCGUCUGAUCCACGCCCAAACUGGCCGCAACCUCCACUCGCACGAUGUCUCUGCCCCAAUCACCAAGGUCGAUAAGGAGGUCUCGUGUUACGGCAACACUACCAUCGGCGAUGAGAAGGAUCACUUCACCAUUGAGGUUGUCAAGGAUGUCUCCUCCAACACCGACAAGACAAAGAUCCGAACCCUUACCACUGCAUUCAGACUUAAGCAUACUUCUCUUGGAUGCUACCUGCGUGCCGGCAAUGUUAACCUGCCUCAGUGGGGUUUCAAGCAAAUCGAAGUCACAUGCACCAAGGCCAACAACCCCAAGGAUACCUUCACCCACUGGAACGUGGAGGCUCACUGGAAUAGCAAGCUACCUGCUGCUGAUGCCAAUGCGUACAAAUCGCCCUUCUUCCAAGACUUCAUCCAUCUCAACGUCGCAAUGGCAACUUCCAACAACGCUCUUGUGCCUGAUCCUGAUAAGCAGGAUGACCUUGCCUCGCACUUCUGGCAAUGGCCUAUCCUAAACGUCGGUCUACGUAUGUGCGGCUGGGACGAUUCAAUCGUCAAGUACUUCCUCCUCGGCAACCCAAUUGUCUACUGGGGAUCCACCGCAUCUCUCGGCCUACUUGGACUUAUUGUCGUAUGGUAUCUCAUCCGCUGGCAGCGCGGCUACAACGAUCUCAAGCAGUCGGAGAUCGACCAAAUCCACUACGCCGGUAUUUACCCAGUGAUCGGAUGGUUCCUCCACUACUUCCCAUUCGUCGCAAUGGCCAGAGUCACCUACGUCCACCACUACUACCCCGCGCUGUACUUCGCCAUUCUCACCUUCGGUUUCUGCGCCGAUUGGAUGCUCAGGAGAAGGGCCAAGGAGGUCCAGUUCGCCGUUUACGGAAUCCUUUACACCGCGGUUAUCGGUCUCUACAUCCUCUUCAUGCCCAUCUCCUGGGGAAUGGUCGGGCCUAACCGCCAGUACAGUUACCUGAAGUGGUUCCAGAAGUGGAGAGUUUCUGAUUAGAUGAUUCCUCCACUUCGAGGAGAGUUUCCGAUUAGAUGAUUCCUCCUCUUCGAGGAUAAUCUGAUGAUUAAACGAAUGAUUAAGAAAGGCCUUCUAGGUCGGAGCGUAAGGGUUGGCUGGCACAUGCGAUAAAAAUCUCACUCAUCAACUGCAUUUUUCCUUUGUUUUGUCUCGGCGGGGUGUGGGAUAGGGAUAGGUGGGUGUACGAUGUUGUAGGGCCUGUAUGGCAGAAUAGCCUCAUGAAAUCAUUUCAGGCGAUAAUGCAAUUAAUAGUACAUACAAUUACAAAAAGCGUAGCGUUUUUUCUCUGCAGCUUUUAUCAAAUCCUAAUUAUUGAAUCGAAUAACCAAAUGCUUCCAGG